GAAAAUCAAAUUCGGAUACGCGAAAAAAUACAAAAUAUAUAAAUAUAAUAAAACUUUACAAAAAAAAAUAAGUCGAUUUAGUGAGCUCUUCCAGUUAAAAUGUAUUGGGUAGUCCAGGCCCUUUAGAUGUAAUUAAGAAACCUUAACAAACUAAUUUUCUGCGCAUAAAAAACAUAAAAAGAGUAUUUACAUAACCAUUAGAAGUGGACAUUUUGGUUAAAUUCAAUAAGAAAUUUAAUCGAAAUGGGUAUACCGGAUAUACGUCAAUUGAUUACGCUGGAAUUUGAGGUGUUUGGUCAUGUACAAGGCCUGAAUUUUACAAAAGAUACUCGCGAAAGAUGCACGAAACUGGGGAUCACGGGCUGGGUGAAAAAUAGCAAACAGGGCACGAUAGUUGGCAAGAUGCAGGGCCCUAAAGAGGAGGUCGAAAAAAUGGUAACCUGGAUAUCGAGUGAGGGUCCACCAGGAUGCCAAAUCGAUCGUUGUGAUCUGCGAUGUCAAAGCAAUCUCAAUCGGCUGGAUUACAAGGAUUUUGCGAUUAGAUUUUAAAUGUGUUUUACUUAAUUUGUGUGUUUUGUUUUGUGCCUUAAUUCGAUAAGUUUUGUAAAUAAAGAAACGUUUUAGGAUCAAGAACAAA